AUGCCUUCUUCUAAACGGGAUCCCUUUCCCAUGUCAUCCACAGCUGCAAAGGCCCUGGAAGCUUCGGUCGAUGGCAAAGCCACCAAGAAGUCGUGGUCCAACAUGAAGACAGAGUCCAAGGAGAGUGCUCCCUCGGCAGAAGAUGUCGAAUUGGACGAUGCUUCCAACAGCCUGGUACGAAGUAAAUCCAAGGGUUCUACUUCAGAAGAUGACAAUUUGUACGAUCGAGCGGAUGGAGACGACGAAGAGGAACUAGAGGAUUCCUACUAUGAUGUACCACUUAGCGAAUUGAGAGGUUCCUACAAGGAUCGGAUAUUGGGAUCGUCCAAACGAUGGUUGCUCAAGGUCUACAAACGAUUAUAUGGGGAUAAACUGCCACCUUCGGAAAUGAUUCGCACAAUGUACCUAGCAACAACUCUAUUCUUUAUGAUUGGUGGCUAUUGGUUGCUCCGAUCACUUAAGGAUAGUGUACUGAUGGCAUUGUGUGGAUACAAGGCUAUUCCAAAGGCAAAGAUGCUGUCUGUCUUUGUAGUCUUGGGUGUUGUCUCCAUUUACAAUCACUUGCUGGAUUCGAGCCUUGCCAAACAUCAGCUAUUUUACAUUUUUGGUACCUUUUACUUCGGAGUCUUUACUGUGAUUGCAAUUUUGUUGAUGGACGAUGAAAUCGGAUUGGGAAACAAGUAUCAGAGCGAAAGUAGGAUUCUAGGUUGGGUCAGCUACUGCGCAAUUGAAUCCUUUGGAUCUGUCAUGGUAUCCCUCUUUUGGUCCUUUGCCAAUUCCAAUAUUUCCUUGGAAACUGCCAAAUCGAGUUAUGGAGUCAUGGUAGCAACAGCUCAAUUGGGAUCGAUUCUGGGACCCACUGUGGUCCAUCAAUAUGCUGAAUCGUGGGGACUGGCAAAGUGUUACCUAUUGGGAGCUUGUUCCAUGCUCUUCUUGCAGUUUACCAUGUACGCUUACGUCAAAACUUAUGGAACAGCCGAACAGCGAGCGAAAGAAGAAGAAGAUCCAACCAACCCUGCUCCCGCGAAAAAGAAGAACCAGGCCGGUAUUUUGGAAGGGUUGGUUUUGUUUUGGAAAUUCAAUUAUGUGAAGGGAAUCUUUGCAAUCAGUUGUCUAUUCAUGGUAGAAGUUACCAUUGUGGAUUUCACGCUCAAAGUUUUGGCACAGGAGUUCUUUUCUGAAGAAUAUCCUUGCGAGAUGUCCAACCCAGAUUGCUACAACCAAGAAACGGGAGAAUUUGGUCUCACCGAAGAAGCUACUAACGCGAUUGCAUCAUUCAUGGGGCUCUUUGGUGUGGCGACAAACAGUUUGAGUUUUGUCUUUAGUCUCCUGGGAACAUCUGCGAUUAUUCGGUAUCUGGGUUUGAGAUUGACUUUGCUACUUUUCCCAUCGCUGUGCUUGUUGGUCAUUAUCAUCGUGCGACUACGUCCUACCCUGUAUGUCGUCUUCUUUGCCAUGAUCAUGCUCAAGGCUAAUAGUUACGCCCUGAACAAUCCAACAAAGGAAAUGCUCUAUCAACCAACAAGUUCUGCGGUCCGGUACAAGGCCAAAUCGUGGAUCGAUAUCUUUGGUGCAAGAGGUUCCAAGGCUUUGGGUAGUCUGGUGACGAAUGCGUUCUCGUAUUCGGCAGAUGUGCUGGUGGCCAAUGGAAGUUUGGUAGGCAUAGCUGUAGCAUCCUUCUUGAUUUGGAAUGCACGUUUCAUGGGGAAACGAUUUGACGAGUACUCGGAAUCGGGAUUCAUUGUUGGCGACGAUGACAAUCCAGAGAACCAAAGCUUGGAAAUGGCAGUCAAUCAGGCCGAUAUGGAAGAGACAAGCUGUGCCAUUGAAGAAAAUGACGAUAGCGAUAGUGACGAAGGUGAUGAUGACGACGAUGAUGACGAUGCAAAGUUUCCAGCUUUUGAAGAUGCCCAAGGAGAUGAUGACAAAGAUGCAGAUAUUACCGACGAGGACAUCUUGGCUGCAUUUACUGUAACGGACGAUGGCGAGGGAGGAAAGAUCGAAACUGCCCACGUAUAA